AGCAAUUGGGCUCGAGCUAUCAAGCAACGUAAGCUCAAGCCGGUGCGUUUGGCAUCGUCAGGUGGCAGCUCAUUCGGAGCCCUGCUUUCGAAAACUUCGCGACCGAUUUUGGCGCAAGCGCGUUCAAUGGCUGAGGAGCAGACAUUUGUGACAUCACCUCAGGGAGAUUUCCGUGUGCAGCGGCGUCGGGUCGUUGGGUUUCAUUUGUCCCGCUGGAUUUGUGCACUCUUUAUCGCAGUAGGAUUGGUCGGCGCUGGUUAUUUCGUAGCAUGUAGACUGGACAGAGCGUUUGACAGGGCGGCCAUAAUCGACAGCGAAGAUAGAAGUACUUUCUUGAACACACUGGACGACACCGCUUCAACUCUGAAUUACAGCUCUCGGAACGGGUCGGAGAUUUCCAGAGAAAAAACCGAGAUUUCCAGGCUGCAUGUCCCUGCAGAGCUGAUGCCACCAUUUCUAAAGUAUCUCGACCCUGAUGACCCCGACUUUUCAGAAUUGAACAGGCGGUGCUUAAAAGAGUCCUACGGAAAGACGGCUGGGCCUGGCAAAGGAGGAAUCCGGACAUGCAGCCCGAUUAGAUUCAGUGUUCCAAUGUCCGUCUAUACCCUCAUAGAUAAGUGGGACACGGAAGCAUGUGCCGAUGGGCCUAACACAUCAUGGUUUUCGUUCAACGUGAACAUGUCCACAAAGCAGUAUUACAAUGCCGCGGCGAUAUGCUUGGAGUGGCCAAACGGGGAUCCGGAUGCGAAAACACAGCUUGGGACGUGUGGAGUGGAAGCGAACAUGGUUGGCAUUGUGGGCCAGGGUUGGCCUGUCGACUGCAAGGUGCCACCCUCUGGCCAAACGCCGCCACCCGACGAUCUGCAGCUAAUCGGAGGGCCUUGGUGCGACUCGUGCACCGUCUGCGCACUGGACCCGGUCGACAUAGCAAAGUCUUCGUGCUACCCCUCUGCGAGGAGGCUGGGCUCCACGGACACGUGGUCUCCGCCGGUUGUCGGAGGCGCCCCGUGAGGCCCAGGAGCCAGAGCCGCUCGUGGAGGUGUGUGCUCCUCCUGCCCUUCCCGAGCUUCACCUGUCCUAUCCAUUGCGGCGGCCAGGAUGUACAGUCGGACCGAGGUGUAAAAAUCGGGGUUGUGGAAGCUGUCGUUGGAUGUCUGAGGUUUCUCGGAAGUUGUGGCUCCCUCCUGGAGGUCCAGCCUCAGAAUGUUUUCCAGCAGCUGCGCCUCGCCGAGAGCGUUCCUGGGGUGCCCGAAUCGUCCCG